AUGAAAAGGGAAUACCCCAAUGCCGUGCAAGCUAGCAGGGGCCAAGAUUGUCUUAAACCCAAUCACUUCCACUUGGCUGGCAAAGUCGUUUACUUUGUCUUCUGGCAAUUCUUUUUUGGAGAGCUGAUCCCCAUCAUCUACUGUCCCAAGUGUGGAAAGGUCGACAGGGUCUGUCAUGACGGCUGGUCGAUUGACAAGAUCAGGAGAGUGUGCAGUGCAAACGCGCCUGCUUUCCUGUUCAGCAAAGUUUUUCGGUGUGGGAAGGGCAAGAAGGUGGGAGAGGGUUGCCCAGCAAAUGGUGGCAAGGCCUACCAGUUCCGCUCUCAUGAUGAGGGCGUGCUGGACCAGAUACGGCAAAAGCAGCCAGCUGUCUUGGAGCAGCUUGCAAUCGUGUUCACUCGAGGGGGGGCCAUUGAGCGCAGUCUUCUGGACACCAUGGUCCGCAACGUUGUUAGCGGGGCGUCUAUUGCUGACCAGCAGAGAAUGGUCCGUGAAGCGCACAUGCGCACGUUUACGCAGCAUAAGUGUACAUACAUCCAGUAUGCUGCAGCGCGCGCUAGGCGGCGACAAGAGCAGGGUGGUUCGCUCCUGUUUCCUGGAGCUGUUCAGCAGACUCCCCCUGCCCCUGCUGACUUUGGGGAGUACGGUGACAAGGACGGGUACAGGGGUUGGAUACCGUCAACCUCCUGGAUAGCAGGCGUCAUCCUUGCGUCCCUGACUUCGCGGCUUGCGUUCCUUGAACGCCACCUGGCUGCGGUUGACGGAAUGUUCUGGCGGGGGGAUCACACUUUCCAAGCGGCCUCGCGGAUCCGCUCAGCAGAUGGGCGCAAAGACUAUGCAGCCAUCUACUCCGUCAUGAACGAGUGGUCGCAGAUCGUGGGUCAGUGGGCCGUGGGGGAUACAUCCUUUGACGAGUACGCCCCUGGCAUUCAAGAUGUGCUCAAGCGUUAUGAUGAGCUUGGGUAUCAGCUGCCCAAGUUCAUGUGGGUUGACAACUCCCGGACAGUGGCUGCCCAGCUGUACGGGGCCAUCCCCAGCCUCAGUCGUGUUCUGGAAGAUGCCACACAUGUUCUGCGGCGGGUUUUCGAGACCAUUCCAGAUGCCCACUCUCUCAAAGCUGACUUUUGCCGGGACUACUCCAGCGCGAUGUUCAAGAUCCACCAGCCGGACAAGAGGGCUCUGCGCGAGUUUCUCCUGGAUGGAGGUCCGGGAAGGCGGAAGUGGACGCAGGCUGAGGUGGCAGCUAAGCCUGCAAGCUAUUGGCGAGCGCGCUGCCGGCACACCAUCCCUGCCCCGCAGGAGCUGGUCAUCGGAGUUGAAGCGGUGAUGAAGAAGUAUGCAGGAGGAAUAUGCGCCAUCAAUGGUGACCCUCUCGUCACCGAAGAAGUGCAGCGCGUGCACAACCUGCAGCUCCAGCUCAUGCAAGAGGGUUUGUUGAGUGAUCCGCUCAACGUGGAUGAGAUGUACAUCCCCGUCAGUGCUCCUGGCUGUAUGCCCCGCUACAUCGGUGUACGGGGUUGCUCCUCGCUUGAGGGCUAUCACCGCCACCUCAACGCGCUGCUUGGCGGGGGGAACUACUCCCCCGAGCUUGCGGGGGCUCUCAUCGCCCUCUUCAAGUACCGCUGGAACUACGAGUGCGCCGUACGCAGCAAGGGGGCAAAAGACUGGGGAAUGUUCGACCACUGGCUGCUAGAGGCGAUGCAGAACACGUGCGCAGAUAUGGGGUGGCCAAACCCCUGUCCCGAAUGGCAGCGCGCUCCGCCUACUCAGGAGCGCUUCGGCGUCCAUGCGGCUCCCGCCGUCUUGCGGGCAGGGGUGUCUCAGGGAGAUGAGGAGGACGAAGCUGGUUUCCUGGAUCAGGAAGCUGUUUUCGUCGAGAAUCUCCUGAGCGAGCAAGAACUGAGAAGCAAGCAGGCCGCUGGCGCGGCCGGGCCUGCCAAAGAAGCGUCUCGAAAGCAAGCUGCCACGGCUGUGUGCGCCCCGCAAGCGGGGCCCUCUUCCCCCCCCCCGGGCCAAAACAGAGAGCCUGCAGCUGCGCGCCCCUCGCCGCCGGAGCCCUCCUUCGACCGCCCAGGCCAGAUUGGGCAACCAGCAACCGCGUGCGCCUCGUCGCCGGCGCCCUUCUUCGUUCCCCCGGGCCAGAACGAACAGCCUGCGCCGGUGCGCACGGCCCAACAGGACGCAAAUGGGCCUGCCCAACAUGCGCUAGGACCUGAGGAGCAGCGCGCACACGCCCCCCAGCAAAGCGGACCGCCUUCAGUCACGCCCUUUGCAGCGCAACUGUGGGGGCAGGCCAGUCAGCUCUGCCCCCCUUCUCAGAGCGGACCGCCUCCGGUCGUGCCGGCCCCGCAGUUGGGGGGCCAGCCCCCUCCUCGCUUCGUCUCCCCUGGGAACGAGCAGGCUCCCGUUGACAGCGCCGCGCCGCAGCGGAGCGAUGGGCUCGCCCCUUGCUUAGCCGCUGCCCAAAACGGACAGCCUGCUGACGUCAGCGCCGCAUCGCAGCUGGGGGGCCAGUUCGCCCCUCACUUCGCCCCCUCCAGAACGGGCAGCCUGCUGACCUUUGGGGCCAGCCCGCCCCUCCUUUGGCAGCUCCCCAAAACGAGCAGCCUCCCGACUUCCGCGCCGGGCCGCAGCGGGGGGCUUUGCCGGUCCAUCUCUUUGUCCCCCCCCAAAACGGGCAGCCUCCCUCCUUCCGCGCCGCACCUCAGCCGGGGGGCCAGCCCGUCUCUCCCUUUGCCCCCUCAAAAAACGGGCAGGCAAGCUUCAACUUCCGCGCCGCGCCGCAUCCGGGAAGCCAGUCCGUUCCCUUCCACACGGGCCCAUCCCAGGGCGGUUCGCCUCCACUUGUGCCGACAGCAACACCGUGGGGAGAGCAACCCGGAUUCUUCAGUCCCACUUCCCAGGGCGGCCAGCCUUCAAUCGCGCCGGCCGUGGCUCAAUGGGGAGGGCAGAGUGCGGAUAGCCGGCUGCCUGCAUCAAAAAGAAAACGGGUCGACCAAGAAGGUUUCGCUCCGUCCAGCUCCGCAUCAAGAUUGGAGGAGCAACGUGCACCUUUCCCGCAAACCAGUGGAGGCCCGCCCCAGGGCUCUUUGCUAG